UGGUUCCUCUACUGCCUCAACUGCUUGGUUUCCAGAUUCUGGUGCCUCCUUUCAUGUAACUGGAGAUGCAAGGAACAUCCAGGAACCCUUCCCUUUUGAUGGACCUGAGCAAAUUUUCAUUGGGAAUGGCCAAGGCCAAUAAGGAUGUUCUGCUGCAUGGCAAAGUUGGUCCAGAUGGUCUCUAUACCUUUCCAAGUGUCUCUCUUCAGUCUGCUAAGUCUCCAUUGUCUUUACCUUUUUCAAAUAAUAAUUCUAAUUGCAAACUUACUGCUAGAUCUAGCACUUGUAAUAAUCAUUCCUCUUUUAGCUCUCAAUACUUGUGGCAUCUAAGAUUAGGCCAUCCUAAUAAUCAUACUCUUAAACUUGUUCUACAACAAUUUAAUAUACCCAUUAUCAAUAAAGAAAAAGAUGUUUCUACUUUUUGCACAGCUUGUAGUAUGGGAAAGGCGCAUAGAUAACACUCACCACCUUCUGAAACUGUUUACACUUCACCUCUGCAACUUGUCUUUACUAAUCUUUGGGGUCCCUCACCCACUGUGUCUUCACUUGGUUAUCACUAUUACAUUACAUCUGUUGAUGCAUUCUCUAGAUUUGCAUGGAUUUAUCCUAAAAAAGCCAAGUCUGAUGCCCUUACCAUUUUUAAACAAUUUAAGAAUAUGGCUGAACUUCAAUUGGGACACCCUCUUAAAUCUCUACAAACUGAUUGGGAGGGGAGUUUAGACCUUUUACACAACAUCUUACCACUCUAGGGAUCAGUCAUAGUCUUAUUUGUCCUCAUACACAUCACCAAAAUGGUGUUGUGGAGAGAAAACAUAGGCAUAUAGUAGAUCUUGGCCUCACCUUGCUUACACAAGCUUCUCUUCCUUUAACAUACUGGGAUCAUGCUUUUCUAGCUUCUGUUUACCUAAUUAAUAGACUUCCCACUGCCUCUCUAAAUUUUCAAAUCCCUUACCAAGUUUUAUAUCAUCAAAAACCAAAUUAUAAUUUUUUAAGGGUUUUUGGAUGUGCUUGUUUCCCUUUAUUCAGGGCCUAUAAUGCUCAAAAGUUUGAUUUUAAAUCUCAUGAGUGUCUUUUUCU